AGGAUUACCCGAUGCAAAAAAAGAAGAUGUCAAUGGAACAUCUGCGUGAAUGGUCUCAUUUGCGAGGCCGGACAAACACAAUCGGCGCCGCAUUGCGCAUACGGAACAGAGCCUAUAUGGCCAUGCACGACUACUACCAGCGCAACCAGUACACACACUACCCAACGCCGCUCCUCACAGCCAGUGACUGUGAAGGCGCCGGUGAAAUGCUGAGAGUAACGCACAGCAAUCCAUCCAAUCAGAUGGCUGCAGACCUCUUCGGAGCGCCCUCCUUCCUGACGGUUUCGGGUCAAUUGCAUCUGGAGUGUGGUUCGUAUGCCCUGGGAGAUUGCUACACAUUCGGACCGGCCUUCAGAGCGGAGAACAGCCACACAAGACGCCACCUGGCCGAGUUCUACAUGCUGGAGGCAGAGUUAUUCUACACAGACACGGUGGAUGACGUCAUCCGAACGCUAUCGAAGUCCUUUAAACACACCAUCUCCGAAGUAUUAGCGCAUUGCGCGGACGAAGUCGACUUCCUGUCCAAGUGGGUUGACACGGAUUUGCGAAGUAGGUUAGAAGCAGAGCUCGCCCGCCCAAUUGUGGCUCUCAGCUACACCGAUGCGGUGGAAAUUAUCAACACGAAUUACGCGGGGAAAUCCGAACUCAAAUGGGGCGACGAUCUAUCAUCCGAGCACGAGCUAUGGCUGACUGAGGAGUGGUGCAAAGGAUCCGUGUUUAUCACAGACUACCCAUCGGCCAUCAAACCCUUCUACAUGCUCAGGAACGACGACGGCAACACUGCAGCCUGCGUUGAUAUGCUGGUCCCGCGAGUGUGCGAGCUGGCAGGUGGCUCCUUACGCGAGCAUAGAGUAGACGUCCUACGAAACAACAUUGCGGCGCACGCUUCACCUGACACAGCAGAGGAUGCGGAUACGAAUCUCGACAGACAGGGCAAACAGGAUAGUAAGCCGAACCACAUGGAAUGGUACGAGGACCUACGGAAAUACGGAGGAGUGCCCCAUGGCGGAUUUGGCCUUGGGUUUGAGAGGCUAGUGCAGUACCUAACGGGUAUACGCAACAUCAGAGACGUCAUCCCCUUUCCUCGGGUGCCUGGGGCCAUAAAGUACUGAGCAAAUAUGUUCGUAACUGUCAGUUCGGAGAGGCCAUUCGACUUGAAUUGAUUUAUUGUAAUAUAAUGCGCAAUCUUUCGCCUAAACAAGCACGUAC